AUGACCCUCCGCCACAUCAUCCGCGACAUCCUGCGCCCACUCUGUAUUCUGAUCGAAAACACCCUCGAAAAGACACCGGCCGCCCAAAAGCUCCGACGCCUCCAACACCGCCUCUUCGGACUCACCGUCACCGAAUGGCGCAUGCUAAACAUCUACCUCUCCUGCCGCGAAACCAUGGACACGGGCGUACAGAGACAAGGCUGGAUAAGCGCCGAAAUCACCCGUCUUGAGGAAAAGCUAUCAGGCCUUGAAUUCAACGAGUCAGACCCAGAAAUAGUCGAGCUCGCCAUCGAGUGGUGGGAGAUGUGUGAGGAGGGGAUUGAGAAUAUGGACUUCUGUGACCAGACGCUGGGACUUUUAAGGGAGGCGCAGAGGGGUCUUGCGCAUACGCCUGUCUACCGUGGGUUGUACGAUACUAGGGGGAAGAAGGGGAUGGGGCACUGGUCGUCGUGGUUGAGGGCGAGAUGUGCUAAGGCUGGUGGGUGCUGUGGACGGCCUUGUCAGUGUUGUCGGAGGGAGAGGGAUCAUCUGUUUAAGAUGUGGAGGGGGCAUUGUACGGAUGCUUGUCGGUGCUGUAUGGAGCACGCUGGUGUGGAUGUGUCAGCUGGCAGUCUGGAUUGCACGCCGGGGUUGGCUUUUGAUAUUGGGCCUGGGAAGGAGCACAAGGAGGGGAGAAUGCUGGUGAAGAGUCUUGUGUGGGGUGGUUGA